GUAGGCUAGGCAAGGAAUUGAGGAAGUGUGGUCAGAAUUUAGGAAUUUAGACACAAAUGAUCAAAAUGUGCAAAUCACAUGACAUGACAGAGGACGCUAUAUUUUGAACUGCAUAGAAAUAAUUAUAAUUUUGUAGCUAGUUUUAGAUACCGCGCGAAAGUUUUUCAGGUUAUUGUUAUUAUUUGUUUAGAUUUUUUGUUCGUUCGUUUAUUUAAAAGGAGAGAAUAUAUCAAUAUUACGUGUAAUGGUGCAAAAACUACGCUAAAGUGGUUGAAUUCGUUUCUCCUCCUGCCAUCUUGGAGUCAUUCGAAAAUGAGGGAGGGCUCUUCCAGCUAAGCUAGUCCGAUUUAUUUUAGGGAAUCGGUUCGUCUGGAUGGUUCAUUUAAAUUUCAAACGGUUCGGAAACUAAGUCACUGAUUCGUUUGAGUUUGAGACAUGUCGCUCAAAAGUGUUCUCGGAAAGUCUCCACGCGGUAUUUUGUAGUAAAAUAAAUUGUAUUACUUUCACUGUUUGUUGUGUUGUUAAACGCUCUAGAACUGACGUGUCGCCUAAAUUCCCUGCGAAUCGGUUCGAAUGAAUCACUAAAUAAAACCGACUGAAAUACGAUUCGAACAUCAAUGUUUUGCGUCAGACCCUUGUGACUCUACAGUCAUGUCCUGUUGUGCUAGGAAGAAACAUAUAAUGCUCGACAACAGCUGAUGUGCUUCUGGAUCAUUAAAACACUGGUUCAUUUUGGUGUCAAAUAGAUUUCCGGAAGAUUCAGACGCGCAGCGAAUAUCAAAACAGCCACGACAGUAAACGUGAAGAAGCGUUCUCAUACACAUCAUGGCUUCUCGUAAGAAGGUCCUGCUCAAAGUGAUCAUCCUAGGGGAUUCUGGAGUUGGGAAGACCUCUUUGAUGAACCAGUAUGUGAAUAAUAAGUUCAGUAAUCAGUAUAAGGCCACUAUCGGAGCCGACUUCCUGACCAAGGAGGUGAUGGUGGACGACAGACUGGUCACCAUGCAGAUCUGGGACACAGCAGGCCAGGAGAGAUUUCAGUCUCUCGGCGUGGCUUUCUACCGAGGGGCCGACUGUUGCGUGCUGGUCUAUGAUGUCACGGCACCCACUACAUUCAAGACUAUGGACAGCUGGAGGGACGAGUUUCUCAUUCAGGCCAGUCCACGUGACCCAGAGAACUUCCCAUUUGUUGUGCUGGGAAACAAAAUCGACCUGGAAAACCGACAGGUAACAACGAAGCGGGCACAAGCAUGGUGUCAGAGUAAGAACAACAUCCCCUAUUUUGAGACCAGUGCUAAAGAAGCCAUUAACGUGGAGCAGGCCUUCCAAACCAUUGCUCGCAAUGCACUUAAACAGGAGACUGUGGACACAUAUGAUUUCCCUGACCAGAUUAAACUAAGAGACGACAGACCUGCGUCCACCAGUGACGGCUGCAGCUGCUGAAGGACAGAUGAAACUGGGGAGGGAAGAGAAAGAGCAAAAUGGGAAAGAAAUGAAGAGAGGGAGAGAUGGAAGAGAUCCAGGCCUGUAAUUCUCCCCUUUUCCCCCUUUGAAACUCCAGGGUGUCAAAGCCACAUGUGAAAGCAAGAACAUCCAUUUUCUUGCUGAACUCCAAGUCACGUGUGGUCCGAUGGACUAUUGAGGAACAGGAAAGUUCUCUGACAUUGCAUUUAUUUCAAGUCCUACUAUCACUACAGCUGUGGAAGAAUUUCCUUGUCACUACUCCAGCUGUCUUUGCAAGUUUUCCUUUACUCCGAAAUGUUCCUUUUCAUGUCUGCUAGUUCAUUGUGCCUUUAUAUUUUGUAACUUUUUAGUUAUUGUUGUGUCACUCCUAUGCUGAAUGAACAUUUGUUGGAAAUGCAUACAUAUGUAAUAGGGCUGGGAAAUAUAUUAAACAGUUAUAAAAAUGUAUACAUUUUGUCUGUGGAAUAAAACUAACCCAACAUUUUUUUUUUCAAUGAUUUUUAUUUUUUCUGCAAUAACUUCAAAGUAAAAAAUGCAGAUGUGUGUUAGGAAUUAAAUUUAUUCCAAAUUUAUUCAAAUCCGUGUUUUG